ACCUCUUCUCCUUCCUUGCUUUAUUUCUUGACAAAUAUGGAGUUACAUGGUUCUUGCCACUGUGGAAAGACUUCGUUUGACGUGAUAUCUCAGACACCUGUACCCUUUAUGCAUUGCUACUGUUCUAUCUGUCGAAAAUGCCAAGGUGGUGGAGGAUAUGUUGUCAACAUUAUGGGGCUGUAUAAAACACUGAAACUCCAUGGAGAGGAAUACAUGAAGACGUACCAAGCUGUACUCGAUAAGAGCGUUCCUGUCGAGCAGCAAGAAUUAUGUGGCAACAUUCGCUACUUUUGCGGUGAAUGCGGUUCUCAUCUAUUUGCUUAUGAUAAACAAUGGGCAGAGUGGUGUUAUCCUUACGCCAGUGCUAUUGACACCGACCUACCCGUUCCUAAACCUGAGGAUAUCCAUCGCCUUAUGUUAAACAAGAAGAGCAAAUGCAACUGGGCCGACACACCUCCUGUCGACAAUAAGCGCAACUUCUCUGAGUACCCCAAUACUUCUUUAGAGGAUUGGCACAAGAAGAAUCAUCAAUUUAUUGAACGAAAAUAGCAACGACGGGAGUGAGGAUAAUUUGGAAGCAAGGGAUGAAUAGGAUGAGGAAAAGAAUGUAUGUUGUGAAGACCAUGAUGUGCGUGGGGUUUACUGCAUAGAAAUCGAAUGUGUACACGUAGUAAUUGGGUAUAUGUUGAACGUAGUUUGGGAGGGAUCCUAGCCGUAAGAUGAGGAUCCAAGGAAUAAAAAGAUAAAAAACCACAAACAGAGCCAGAAAUGAAUUAUUACUUGAACAAUG